AUGGGUUGUACUACGGGAAUGUUGAAUCCAUGGACAAAAGAGGAAGUCGAUAUACAAUUAGAACAGUUAAUACCCCUUCUACCACAAGCAGAAUUGAUGGGCGGUGGAAUAAUCAAACUCCGAGGAUCCAGUGGGUUUUUCAAUCCGAACUCUCUUCUCGAUCCAAAUUGGUUGAAGGACAAAAUAACACCAGAAGAAUAUCGCGAUGCAAUCGAUUACAUUAAUAGACGUACAGGUUAUACUUAUAUUGGUCUCUCAAAGACAGUUUUACUAUCAGAUGUGAGACUACGUGAACAGCUGAGAACUCAAGCAGGCAUGGCAGCUGUCGAAGAUUUAAAUAAACGUUAUACAUCAAUUAAAUUUACAUAUCAACCAACAGCCGAAACCGUCGUAAUGAAUAUACUUCCAUCUCUAGGACAUAGUCGCCUAAUCGUCGGUAAUCGUUAUACAGUCACAUAUCUAUAUAUCGCUUUUCUUUAG